CCCAGGCCCAGGAGGAGGCAGGUUUGAGACCGGGAAGCCCCGCCCCACGCCGACGUGUGACGCCAGAGUCGCCAUGGCCAGCUACCCGUACGGGCAGGGCUGCCCAGGAGCUGGAGGACAAGCGCCUGGAGCCCCUCCGGGUAGCUACUACCCCGGACCCCCCCAUGGUGGAGGGCAGUAUGGUAGUGGGGUACCCCCUGCUGGUGGAUAUGGAGGAGGUCCUGCCCCCGGAGGGCCUUAUGGACCACCAGCUGGUGGAGGACCCUAUGGACACCCUAACCCUGGGGGGCUCCCAUCUGGAACUCCGGGAGGACCAUAUGGUGGUGCGGCCCCAGGGGGCCCCUAUGGUCCACCACCUCCAAGUUCCUAUGGUGCCCAGCAUCCCGGGCCUUAUGGACAGGGACCACCUCCUCCAGGUGGUGCCCCUCCCAGCGUGGAUCCCGAGGCUUAUUCCUGGUUCCAGUCAGUGGACUCCGAUCACAGUGGCUACAUCUCCAUCAAGGAGCUGAAGCAGGCCCUGGUCAACUCCAACUGGUCAUCGUUCAACGACGAGACGUGCCUCAUGAUGAUAAACAUGUUUGACAAGACCAAGUCAGGCCGCAUCGACGUCUACGGUUUCUCAGCCCUGUGGAAGUUCAUCCAGCAGUGGAAGAACCUCUUCCAGCAGUAUGACCGGGACCGCUCGGGCUCCAUUAGCUACACAGAGCUGCAGCAAGCUCUGUCCCAGAUGGGCUACAAUCUGAGCCCCCAGUUCACCCAGCUCCUGGUCUCCCGCUACUGCCCACGCUCCGCCAACCCCGCCAUGCAGCUAGAUCGCUUCAUCCAGGUGUGCACCCAGCUGCAGGUGCUGACAGAGGCCUUCCGGGAGAAGGACACAGCUGUGCAGGGCAACAUUCGGCUCAGCUUCGAGGACUUCGUCACCAUGACAGCUUCUCGGAUGCUAUGAGACCAGCCUAUCUGUAGAGUGGGGAGUGCACCAGGGGACCUUCCCUGGCUCCUAGGGUGGGAGAAGCAUGUGGGCCUCUCUUCUUUUCCUGCUCCUCCUAGAAAAAGAAUUCUCCCUUGCCUGAUGCAGCAUUGUUCCCAAAGAGGGCUGGCAGUCUGCGUCAUAGCCACCAAGUCGUGGGGACCUGGGCUGAGGCCACCCAGGUAGGGGCCUGACCUAGGAGGAGACUGGAAGUUGAAUGUCCUUACAUCCCUGAGCCUUUAAAUGGCACCGCCUUGUGCCAGGUGCCAGAGAUGCUGGUCACUGCAGUGGAGUUGGUGUCCUGUCAGCUGACUCCAGUCUCUAGCUUUUCCUUCUGUGCCCUGAUGCCAGUGGUGAGUGCUCAUCAGCCUGUUACCAUCAGCACCUGCAUUCCCUCACCCCCUGCUGUCUUGUCAGAUGAACCCAGUUUCUCCAGAGUGGAAUCUGACCAGGGGGUAAGAGAUUGCCCAUGGGACUGGUGGCUUGGAUUCCACCCCCACACGUCCGUGUGUGUUGACUUCUAGCUGCCUGGGGGCUGUCCCUGCUCAGGGAGCUUGAGCAGCCUGCUCUCUGGGCAUCUUUGGCCAGGCUACCCCUCUGCAGCUUGGACUCCUCACUUGCCUGCUAUUGUCUGCUUGGCUUCAGUCCCCAGGGGACAAGUUGCCACCUCUCACUGCCAAUGCUUUUUUUUUUUUUAUUUGUGGUUUUUUUCAUUUGGGGCCAAAAGUUGAGUGCAACUGUAAGCUUCAAUAUAAGAAUAAAACUUUG